UCCUACAUGGAGUCAAAUUUUUUUCCCACUCAAAUGUAAAACCAUUUAUUUUAUUUUAUUAAGCGUCUUACAAUUUGAAGUCACAUCUGUUCUUUGUGUUUCACUUAUAUUAAUAUAUUUUACAUGUAUAUUUUGUUAUUAAUUAAAUAUACAUAUGCUGCCUCUGGCAUAAUUUAUUAUCAGUUAUUUCAUCUUAAUUCAUGUUUAUACUUACACAUGACUAAUAAUUAUACUUAACUAAGGUCGUUAAACUCAGUUGCUUGUUCAUGCAACUUCCCAUAUAUUACCCAUAUGGUGCCCAUAGAACAUACCCCAUCUGGGCUGGCUCAGGUGGGUCCUACAUGGCUAACCUAGGUGGGUCCCAGAUUGGAUGCCCAUUGUAAGCCCAUCCCCACUUGGAACCCCCAUAGCCCAUGUGGGGCCCACAUACUGGUGUUUACUGGGAAGUAUUCAGAAUACGUUACUCUCAUUGAGUAACGUAACGGAAUACGUUACAGAAUACAUUUUGGGGCAUGUAUUCAGUAUUCUGUAGUGGAAUACAUUUUAAAAGUAACCUUCCCAACACUGUGUGUUCGUGAGCCCACCCUCUAGGUCAGGGUUGGGGAACUGCAGCCCUCAAGGGCCGGUGUCCUGCAGGUUUUAGAUAUGACCCUGGGUCAACAAUCUAAUGAUUAGUUCAUUGCAGUCCUCUGGAGAACUUCAAGACAUGCUGAGGAUGUAAUUUAGCCAUAUAAAUCAGCUGUGUUGCAUCAAGGACACAUCUAAAACCUGCAGAACACCGGCCCUCGAGGCCUGGAGUUCCCCCACCCCUGCUCUAGGUCCAGGGAAAAUGGCAGUAUCUGAUUACAGCUCAAUCUGCUGUUCACCAAAUAUCAAUUGCAGCUUCUAUGAAGUCUCCCCCCCCCCUCAUUUCUUGUACUAAUUUCAUCCUCAGAGUCACUCUUGUUGUCCUAGGUAGCAGUUGGUGAACUAGCGAGAACACUGACGAAUUCACCUGGAUGAAGAUUUGUGGCCAGUCUGUGCCUUCAGACUUUUGAACUGAAGUGCUGCACAUGACAGGUGCAUUUGUGGUAAUAGGGGGCUUGCAGCAGAAAUCAAAGGUGACAAAAAGUGCCAUUUUGACAUGCUUCUGGGGCAGAUAUGAAUAAGGGUCACUCAGGGGAGAGCAAACAUGUCAUUUCCAUUUGAGAAUCUCCUAAGAAAAAUCCAAAUCAGAAGGAUGAGGAGAAAUAAGUCUCGUUGAAGAAUACAAAUAAAACAUUCAUAUUUUUCUGAUAAGUGAUACAGGUUAAAAAAAGGUCACUGUUUUCUUUAAGCCGUCUUUAAGAAAAGGCAUGGCAGGCAAGAAAAAGGAAAAUUACAGGUUUUGCAAGUAGAAAAAUGAAAGGUAUGGUUAUUCAGCACGGUGCGUUUUAGAGGAGAAAGGCUUUAUUCUGACUUUUGUACUGAGAAAUGCUGUAAGCAGCACGAGCCCUUCAUCUCUGUUUUCUGUGUUAAAAACAUUCCAGCAUAUAUGUGAAAUGAAAAAGGUUAAAAGGUUCAAGGGAGAUACGAAAAGCACGCAGCAGCUUUUGGUCUUUCUACUGUGCAUAUAAAAGUUUCUAUUUGAGAAACAAAAGAUGGUUUAAAGCAGGGAUGUAAAACUUAUUUUAGCGUGUGGGCCACAUACAGCCUAAUUUAAUCACACCAUUUACACCAGAGCAGUAAAAACACUGCAAAAUAACACAAAAUGAACACAACUUACCCACCACCUUGAUUUAGAGGGAUAAAAAUGUGAGUAAUAUUUAGAAUUAUAAAAGCCUGGGAAUCUAAGUCAUGCAAUCAGUGAGAUUAAAAAGUCAAAAACUGAAGUUUAAUUUUUCUGAAAUUGUCACUCUUCAACAUACAAUAAGGGGGCCAGAUCUGACCCCAGGCCGGCUCUAAUCCCACUGGCUUUACGGCGACACACUGAAAAUACACUGGCUACAGUAACAGCAGCAACCGAGACAUAUGUUUGGAAUAUACUCUAUUGCUCUUCUACAUGCUGCUGCCAGAGGUGGUUUUGGCUGUUUUGGUGUUACUUGUAGGAGUUGUCAAAAUCAUUGUAAUGAUUACGGUGGAUUUAGCUGGAAGGUGUCACAGUGGGUCUGCAGAGGUGUGUUUUUUCUGACUGUCUAUAUAAAGUGUCUAUUUACAGAAUACUAAAUUAAACAGUGAGCAUAGGAUUAGUUCACGUGGGCCACAAAGACAAGCUCAGACAGUCUUAAUGCCAGCAACAGCAGCCCACAUCAGCUGAGGGUUCUGCUCAUACUGUUGCAUCUUAUUACUAACUUUCACAGAAGGGAUGCUAUGUAGAGAGUACACGUAUUUUUGGAGAAACUAUCACACAAUAUCAUGUCCUGUUUUACCCUAGUCAUGAAAACAUAAAUACAAUAUUGUAUGUAAAUAUAUAAUCAUAAACAGCAAAUGUGAUUCACAAUAUUAGUUUAACAUUAACAACAGAACUGUAAUGGACCGAGUUGAAAAAGCAGGAGUCGUCACAGGAAUUAUUAGAAAAAUAGUUUCAAUUUAUUUACCCAAAAAUUACAUUAACAAAAGUAAGAAAUAUUGAGAUCAUAAAAGAGGUCAAAGAAACAAAACGAAACUCAGGCAAAGAACUGUGAACUUAACGAACUGCCCAAACAACCAUAACUGACCUAAACAUGAAAUGACACACAGGGGUAUACAUAAUGGCGGAUCAGCCCACUAUGACACACGAGGGGUAACUAAACAAAACACAAUCAUAAACCACAAAAAUGAUGCAGUACAGUCUAGUUUGUUAAUAAAAUAAAGAUCAACGAAGAAAAUCAAAACUACAAAACUUCCUAAACUCAAUAUUUAAUUAAGUACAAAUACUUUGCUUUUAAUUAAAGAAAACACACAUUCUCCCCUUCAGCAGGAAGUGGUGGUGCAGUCCAGUUAUCCCUCUUUGUAUUUAACAGCUUCAAACCCAGGCCACCACCUUUUGUCUGGCAGCUCCAGGGAUCAUGGCAGAUGUCAUUGGGAUGAGGUGGGCAUGGAAAUUUGGGCAUACAGAAGACACUGAGGAUCCUUGUCUCCAUCCUGCGUGGUGCCCUUCUUUACUAUCGCAGUCUGAGGCGCCCCGGUCCCCUGAAGGGAAGAAGAAGCAUGUCAGAGGCACCUGUGUUGCACAUGGAAAUGAGCCGUCUGCUGCUGCUGCUGCUGGACUCCAGCCUCUAAACUAAAGAGAUUAUCCCCAAAAUAACAGAAGAAAUUGGAUCCUAAGAGUUUCCUUCUGACCAGCUGAGAAUUCCUGUAGCUGCUUAACCAGCUCUAUGAUUUUCUGACUUCCCAAGCCUGCGAUUUUGGCAUCUGACUAAGAGAUGACCCAAGAACAGUGCACUCAUAGGAACAAUGUCCAGAGUUCAGAGAAACCACAAGUGUACAAAGUGGGAAUAUACGGCUGGAGGAAACGCUGCCUUUACUUCUUCGUCCUGCUGCUGAUGAUCCUGAUCCUGAUCAACUUGGCACUAACUAUCUGGAUCCUCAAAGUCAUGAACUUCACCAUAGACGGGAUGGGAAACCUCAGAAUAACAGAGAAGGGCCUGAAACUGGAGGGGGACUCUGAGUUCCUCCAACCCCUCUAUGCCAAAGAAAUCCAGUCCAAACCAGGCCGCCCACUGUUCCUGCAGUCAUCCAGAAACGUGUCCGUCAAUAUCGUCAACAACAACAACAAGCUGCUCACACAGCUCGUCACAGGAUCCAGUGGAUUUAAAGCACGAGGCAAGAUGUUUGAAGUGAAAUCCACCUCUGGGAAGCUCCUGUUCUCCGCCGACGAGCAGGAGGUGGUGGUGGGUGCAGACCGGCUCCGAGUGAUGGGGGCCGAAGGAGCCGUGUUCAGCAAAUCAGUGGAGACGCCGCAUGUCAGAGCUGAGCCGUUCAAAGAGCUGCGGCUGGAGUCUCCUACCCGCUCUCUGCUGAUGGAGGCCCCUAAGGGAAUCCAGAUCCUGGCUGAGGCCGGAGACAUCCAGGCCAUCUGCAGGAGCGAGCUGCGACUGGAGUCCAAAGACGGAGAGAUCUCGCUGGAUGCUCAGAGGAUUCGGCUGUUGCAGCUGCCCGAGGGGAAGGCCUCCACCAGCUCCACGUCCUCUGGGACCAGGCAGACUGUCUACGAGGUUUGCGUUUGCCCCAAUGGAAGGCUCUUCCUGUCCCAGGCUGGCACCGGAUCCACCUGCCAGAUCAGCAACAACGUCUGCCUCUAGGACUCAUACGUACAAAAAUAAACAAACGCAUCCUGAAAGAGAGACGGGCUGAACAGACAGAUGUACACAUAUCGCCUGCCUUUAGGACUGAUUCACAGCUAACACGUACAGAAAUACAAAGACUGCCAGAGCUGAUGGACAAACAAUCAUAGAUACUGUACUUACACAGACACACUGAUGUAAACACUUUACAAUCACAGACUGAUGUUUAGGCCCAGCUGAUAUGUUUUAAGCUCCUGACAUGUUUCAGUUUAAUGCAACCUUUUUCUUUCCCUUAAUUUCCUGAGUUGAAGUCGAUCAUCAUGAGAACCUAAAAGUCUCCGCUAAGCUCUUCACACAUAGUAAUACAGCUGAGGUCUCCGUCACAUCGGGAAUAAACUGACUCUAUUUAACGAAAGGCCAGUAUUUGUAAUAUAUCCGUGUGAUCCUAACAGUCAUACGCAGAGAUCUGUAAUCGCACCACACAUAUUUUAACACGUGAACAUGGUACACACACACACACACACAUUGUUUGCUUGUAGAAGCCUCCGGGUAGAAACUAAAAGGAGGAUCUCCAGAGAGUUACUGAAGGAGACACCGACGUGUUCCCUUCCUCUGUCAAGAGCAUUUCAGUACGAGAAUCACUAGGGUGAUCACCCUCCUUUUUCCUCCAUCUUCUCUUUCCUUCCUUGUAGCUUGCUUCAGUUGAGGUUUUAAACUGCACACCAGUGGUUCUCAAACUAGUGGGUGGGCGCUAAUUUAGAGAAAAGAUUUUUGAAGGAAAGGACGGACUGGAAAGACCUUUGUUUCACAAAGAUUCCACUUGGAUCCUCUUUUUAUUUUUGAUGUUUGAUAUAAAACAAAUACACGUAUAUGCAUCCAAAAACUGUGGGGUCCUAACAUUUUUCAGCCUCUGAAAGAAAGUUUGAGAACUACUGAUGGCGACUGUUCCUAGAGUUCGAUCAGGACAUAAAACGAACGCAAAGACUUUCAAAACUGUUUAAGUUCAAUUUUAAGCGAACAACAAUUACAGCGUGCCUCUGUCACAGUUCCCUUAUGAGUUUGGUUUGAUUUUGUGGGGAUGUGUUGAUGCUAAAUUGUGACAGUAAGACCAUGUGCAGGUUGCUAUGCUUAUCAGACUGUGAAGCCAUGUUCAUAUCAUCUUGCAUUUACUCAGCUGGGCUUCUGUUCGCUUCUUUCCAAAAAAUAUUUGGCUUCAAAGAAACAAACGUGCACUGCAUGUUCAGCAAAGUGCUCGGUUUGUAAAUUCACUUCUAACGACAACGUUAGUUUUCUUCUAUAACAAAUCUUUUCAUAUUCUUUGAAUUUGCAGAAUUUUUAAAAUAUUUGAAGUUUUUUUCCUUCAACGGUUUGAGAAGGGAUUCCUUCACAUCCCGUUUAUUAUCUCAGAAUUCAGAGUUUUUCUCCGGAAAAAAGUCCUGACCCUGAGGUUAUUUUCUCUUCAAUGUAGAUAACUUUACCUUGACAGCAAGUCUCGAAAGUAUGCCACAAUAUGGUCACCUGCAGUCCAGCAACCAUCAACUGCCAGUGUAGUUACAAAACAAGCAUGCAGACUUUAAUCUCAGCGCGUAACAUUAAGCACACAAAGCCAGGUCUCUACAGCACUACAUCUACUAUCACUACAGGGAGUGCAGAAUUAUUAGGCAAGUUGUAUUUUUGAGGAAUAAUUUUAUUAUUGAACAACAACCAUGUUCUCAAUGAACCCAAAAAACUCAUUAAUAUCAAAGCUGAAUGUUUU